AUGGAAAGGAAAAAUCUUAGAUUUUGUGUGAUCACGCGUAAAAACGUUCUAAAGAUUUUCGUUUUAAAUCUAUUUUAUAUCGCCUUGGUGUCAUGCGCCAGUAUAUCGACACAACGAGAGGAUAUUUUAGUUCAAAGCGCUACACCGCUAGAGGUAAAUCCUUUAAAAGAAUGCGAUUCAGGGGAAAGCAACCAGAUUAAGUGCAUUAAUACACCGGUGUGCCAAUCAGAAAGCUGCAGAACGAUUGCAAAGCUAAUACAAGAAGUUAGAAACGAAUCGGUGGACCCUUGCGAAAAUUUUUACGAAUACGCGUGCGGUACGUGGAUUAAAAACAACCCCGUACCGUCGGGGCAUCUACAGUUCUCCAGGAUAACACAAUUAUCGAAAAAUAACGAAAGGAUCAUGAAAAAAGCGCUGGGAACAAUCAAACCCGAAGACACAGAAACCGUCUUGAAGGUGAAAAAUUUUUAUCAGUCUUGCUUGGAUGUAAAGAAAAUCGACGAGUUGGGAAAUGGACCCUUGCUGGAUUAUAUCAACAGUUUGGGAUCAUGGUCCCUGUCCAGUAAAUGGCAUCCAAGGAGAUGGGAUUUUUACGAUGUGUUGGCAAAAGUACAAAGAGAUUAUCCAGUUGAAGUCUUCUUCAGCGUCAAUGUGAUUCAGGAUCCUGUAAAAAAGAAGGAAGACGACCAGAAGAAGUAUAUUAUACUCGUGAGUAUGUUAUAGACCUAUGUAAAGGAAUUCGAAUACCCGGAUUCCGAAAUUUUGGGCUUUGGAAUCGUAAUACAGCUCAAAGAAUCCGGGAUCCAACUUAAGAUUGGAAUCCGGAAUCCGAGUUCCACACACAAAGAAUCCGAAAUCCAGUACCUGGAAUCCAUAGAAUCCAGAAUCCAAGACUGUCUUGAAUUUCCAUACAUGGGGCCAAUAUUUUAAUAUGUAAAAGGCACAAUUUCCAAAGCUACUGCUCCCACCUCCCUGACUGGCUAACAGCCAUGCUUAUCUUGUUUUGCUGCGUCUAAGGAUUCGCACUGGCUUUGCAGUUAGCUUAGGUUGCUGAUCGUCACUUGAAUUGUUUGACUGUACAUUUCUUUGCAUUCAUUGCAAGGCUACAACGUGAAAAUUCCUAAUAAUAAUUUCACGUGACCAAAAAACAACGAUGUCCUUAUUCUUUUUCUGAAAGUAGUGGAUAAAGUCCUUUAGAAUUCAACUCCAUAAAAAUUAACUGAAAUGUGUUAAGUCAGUGUGAAACGAGCUAUUGUAGUCUUUCUUAAUUCAGAGGAACUGAUAACGGCUGAAAUCGAACCUCCUUAUUGUUUGGCGAUGUGCUAGCCAUAUAAGGAUAACAAACGGCGCUAACAAUAAAUGUUUUAUCUUCUCAUUUAGAUUGACCAAGCAAAAUUGAACCUUCCUCAGAUUAUUUACUUCACUAGUAAAAAGGUAUGCAGACAAGAGGUUAGGUAG